AAUUCAAAAAAAUAUUGCGCCUGUAUGUGUGAAUUUAUUUGUUCUUUACAAUAUAACAAAAAAUUAUAAUUUUGUUGAAUUCUAGCAUAAUUAAGGAUAAUUGUUAUACAAUCUAAGGAAUAAACAAUGCCCCCAAAAAAGGUAGAAGAGCCUGAGAGAAAACCACUCAUUGGACGUGUUGGAACCAAUUUAAAGAUUGGUAUUGUUGGAGUUCCAAACGUCGGAAAGUCAACGUUCUUCAAUGUAUUGACUAAAUCAGCAGCGCCAGCUGAAAAUUUUCCUUUCUGUACGAUUGAUCCAAAUGAAAGCCGAGUGCCUGUUCCGGACGCAAGAUUUGAUCAUUUGUGUGAAUAUCAUAAACCUGCGAGCAAGGUUCCAGCAUUCUUAAACGUUGUCGACAUUGCAGGAUUGGUUAAAGGUGCAGCUGAAGGUCAAGGAUUGGGAAAUGCUUUUCUUUCUCACAUCAGUGCAUGUGAUGCUAUUUUCCAUCUUUGUCGUGCAUUUGAAGACGAUGAUGUGACUCACGUUGAAGGUGAGGUCAAUCCUGUUCGAGAUUUUGACAUCAUUUCCGAGGAAUUGAGAUUAAAGGAUGAGGAAAUGUUGGGCAAGCAUAUUGAGAAGUUGGAAAGAAACGUUCUUCGUGGCAAUGACAAAAAGUUGAAGCCUGAAUUUGACUCAUUGAUGAAGGUAAAGCAUUGCCUUUCGGAGGAAAAGAAGCAUAUUCGUUUCAAUGAUUGGACAGCACAUGAUAUCGAAGUUCUAAAUAAAUAUUUGUUCAUCACAUCGAAGCCUGUCAUUUAUUUAGUGAAUCUGUCUGAUAAAGAUUUCAUUAGAAAGAAGAACAAGUGGCUUCCAAAAAUCAAGGAAUGGGUUGAUAAGAAUGACCCUGGUGCAUCAAUUAUUCCAUUCAGUGGUGCUUAUGAGCAUAAAUUGGUUGAGAUUGAAGAUGACAACGAGAGAAAGGCUUAUAUUGAGGAACACAAAUGUCCAUCAGCACUUGAGAAGAUCAUUUUAACAGGAUAUAAAGCACUUCAGUUAGAAUAUUUCUUUACUGCUGGUCAUGAUGAAGUUAAGGCAUGGACAGUUCAAAAAGGAACAAAAGCACCACAAGCAGCUGGAAAAAUUCACACAGAUUUCGAAAAAGGCUUCAUUAUGGCUGAAGUUAUGGCAUUUGAUGAUUUCAAAGAAAAAGGAAGUGAAGCUGCAUGCAAAGCUGCUGGAAAAUAUAAACAGCAAGGAAGAAAUUAUACUGUUGAAGACGGAGAUAUCAUAUUCUUUAAAUUCAAUGCCGGUGCAGGCUUAAAAGACCCUAAGAAAAAGUAGAGUCCAUCUAAUUGAAUUUCUAUAUGCAAUUAUUUAUUAUCACGCAUAUAAUACUGAAUUUUAUUAUGAUUUUGAUAUUUUAAUAAAUUGCAAGGCUCGCACACUGCAUUUGUACUAAAUUUUGAAGUGUGAAUGCCUUGAUAAACUGCGUUAAAGUUUUUCAUACUAAUCAUGAAAUUAA